ACCUCUCUUGAACCUCCAGCAGUCACCCACGUGUACGUGAUCGGUUCUUCAGCACAAUGAUUCCUAGACUGUCACUCCUAAAAUGCAGUGUACCAACGCUUUCCAGAGCAUUAUCCUACCCCCAAGUACCAUUAACGUCCCCCCUACCAGAUCUAAAGAUUCCUCUGCGUACAGACAAUGCGUCACAAAGCUGGAAUAUUGAGGACUCUAAGUUCCCUCCUACCACAGUGACUUGUUUGGAGAAUGGACUAAGAGUGGCCUCACAGGAGGCUUUCGGUCAAUCUGGUAUUGUUGGGGUGCUGGUGGAUGCUGGUUCAAGGUACGAGGUCACCUAUACCAGUGGACUAUCUCACAUUCUUCAGAGAAUGGCCUUCAAUGGUACAGCCAAGUACCCCACUCGAGACAGUGUUCUGGCGACUCUUGAUCCCAUUGGGGGCAUGCCCAACUGUCAGAGGGCCAGAGACGUACUCAUUUACAUGGUGUCCUCACUCUCCCACGGAUUGCCUCAGGCUAUGGACGUUUUGGCUGAGGCUGUGUGGAGACCAGCUCUAGCACAGGAACAGCUUGAUGCAGAAAAGACUGGUGUCGGGUUUGAGCUGGAUGAGAUAUACAAUGGCCCAAACUCAGAGGCACUCUUGGAGGAAAUGAUACAUCAAGCCAGCUAUCCCUUAAACACUCUAGGUCUACCCAAUAUCUGUCCAAAGGAGAACAUCGACAAUAUUAACCGUGGUGAACUAUUGACGUACCUGUCAUCGCACUUUGACCCCUCACGGAUGGUCCUGGCUGGGGUUAAUGUGGAUCAUGGGCAGUUUUUGGAGCUGGCAAAACAGUAUUUUGUGGAGGCGGAUACUUCAUGGAAGGGUGUGGCCAAGCGUCAAAUUGAUGGGUCAAUAUCUCAGUACAGUGCAGCAGAUGUCAAGAUCAAGAGAGAGGGGCCUCCUGUGGUCGGUCCUAACCCCUUCCCCGAGCUCAUUCACGUAGCCAUCGCCAUGGAAAGUUGUUCAUACCUUGAUCCUGACUUCUUCCCGUAUGCAGUGCUGAACAUGUACAUGGGAGGUGGGGGGUCUUUCUCUGCAGGGGGUCCUGGAAAGGGCAUGUACACACAUCUUUAUCAGGGAGUGCUGACACAGCAUCAUUGGGUCUACUGGGCAAUGGCUCAAAACCACGCCUACAAGGACUCUGGGAUUUUCUGUCUACUGGGCAGUGCCCACCCUUCACGAGCUAGGGACCUCACUCAAGUGCUGUGUCAGCAGUUUCAUCACAUGACUGGUGUUCCUAAUGACGUUGCCCUGUCACGAGCCAAGGAGCAGCUCAAAUCGGCCAUGAUGAUGAACCUGGAAUCAAAGGCUGUGGUGUUUGAAGAUAUUGGGAGACAACUGUUGGGUCAAGACUUCAAGAUGAGCCCGGAGGAACUCUGUGAGAAAAUCGAUACCGUAACGAGUUCUGAUGUGCAAAGGGUGGGUCAACGACUGAUGGAGAGCAGUCCUGCUUUCGCUGCUCUAGGAGACCUCUCUGAAGUGCCCUCUAGAACUGACCUAGAGACAGCUUUGUUCAAAAACAAGGGGGUGCUUAGAUCGAAGAAAAAGUUAUUCACUUUUGGUCAGUCUUGACGUAAAUUCAUGCCGUUAUUCUUAAUUUUGUAUCAUUGUCAGAAUUAUAUAUAUAAUUAUGUGAGUUGCGUCAUCUUGACUGCAAUUUAUAGUUAA